AAAGGAAUCAACGCAUCACUUAUGAAAACCUACUGGAACCCAUAUAUACAACAAUAUUAGGCAUGUUAGGAGUUUUGAAUACUAUGCAUAGUGGUAGCAAUGCCCAUGCAACCAAUGGAGAUAACUUUUUGUGUAACCUCCCUACAUCGCAACGACCUAACGGAGAUGUAGACAAUAUGUCUCAGGGCAGCGGUAGCGCUCCGAUGUCCCCACCGAUCAUCACUGGGAACAUCAUUUUUUAUGGAGAUUCCAUUAUAGAGAAACGGAGAAGCCUUGCUUUGGAGCUUAAGGAUUUGAAGAAAGAGGUAGAAUCUCUUUAUUCGGUCUCAUCAGAACGAUCGUCCAACCGUGACAUAGACCAAACAGAUGAGAAAGGAUGCACUUCGCUCUACAAAGCGGCUAAACGAGGUCAGUUUUUAAAGGUUAUAAACCUCGUUGGAAGCGGAGAAGACCCAAAUAAAGCAAAUGAAGACGGACGCAGGGCUCUCCAUGUAGCUGCUGAAGAAGGACAUCAGGAUAUCGUAAAAUUCCUCGUGGUUCAGGGAGCAGACGUGAAUGCCGAAUGUGAUCUGAGUCAGACGGCUCUUCAUGCUGUUAUGCACAACGAUCAAUGUAUCUCCGCAGCGGCAACAGGUAUGGGUCACUUGAACAUCGUAAAAUAUCUAAUUGAAGAAGGAUCUAAAAUUGACAAACGGGAUCAUCGUGGUUACACUCCCCUUCACAUUGCAGCUGCAAAAGGUUAUCUUGAAAUCGUCAAAUAUCUUACAGGCCAAAAAUGCUCUGUGAAAGAAGUCGAUAAUGCAGGUUUAACACCAUUAUCUCUGGCAGCUAAACAUGGCCAUUUAGAUACCGUCAAGUACCUGGCGGAUGGGAGGGUUGAUGAAAAGGCAGCAUGCUCUGUAGCAUCUAGAUCUGGUCAUCGUGAUAUCGCCGAGUUCUUCGUAUAUCGCAUUCUACUUCGUUCUGCAUCUUCUCAUGGGGACUUGGAUACCCUAAGGCAUCUCUUGCAUAAAGGAUUUGAUAUAAAUAGUUGCUUUGGGAAAGGCUGGACACCGUUGGAAUAUGCAAUCCAGAAUGACAAAUGUGAGGUCAUAGACUAUCUGCUUACGAAUGGAGCGAACCAGUGUAAUGAAGAGAGUCCACUCUACAUGGCAUCUCGACUUGGCCACUUGGAUGCAGUAAAGGUUCUGAUUUCAAGAGGGAUUUCAGUAAAUGUGGAGAGUCACGGAGGACAGAUUCCUCUUCACGCUGCUUCUGCCACCGGCAGAAUCCAAGUGGUUAAAAUUCUCAUUGAGAACGGAUCGGAUUUGAACAAGACUGACAUCGACGGUUCCACACCACUACACGCAGCGGUCCAAAAUGGCCACCUGGAAGUCGUUGAAUAUCUCAUGAGAAAAGGAGCGAUAGACAUCAAAAAUAGAGGAAUGACUUCUCUCUACACUGCAGCUCAAAGUGGUCACUUAGAUAUAGUUGAUCUUUUCCUUUCUAAUGGCUCUGAUUUGAAUGAAGAAGAUGACACUGGGUGUAUUCCUCUUCAUGCUGCUGCAGCCAGUGGUUCACUUAAGAUCGUCGAAAUGCUCAUCAAUCACGGAUCAAACGUGAACAAGAUGGCCGACAAUGGUUGGACUCCCUUACACGCGGCAGUCUACAGUGGCAGGUUGGAUGUUGUACAAUAUCUGAUUUCCCAUGGAGCUACCAAAACGAGUUUAAAAGGAAUGACUCUCCUCUACAUUGCUGAACAUCGUGGUCACAUAAACUUAAUAAAGUACUUUGCCACCACAGGGUGUGAUGUAAAUGACGGAACAGAUAGCGGUAAAACCCCUUUUUUGGCUCCCUCUUAUAGUGGUGAAAUGGAUUCCGUGGAAAUGCUGGUUAACCAUGGUGCCUAUAUUAAUCAGUCUGACAGAAACAAAUGGACACAUGUCCACGCAGCGGCACAAGAAGGAAAUUUGCGAGUAGUUACCUACCUGAUAAAAAAUGGAGCAGACACAAAUGCCAAAGAUACAUAUGGAAUGACAGCACUUCAAGCAGCAGAAGAUGGAGAUCAUGAAGAUGUCAAACAAUAUAUCAUCAGGUUGAGGGCAAAAAUGCAAGAAGAACGACAUAACGAUACACAGAAGGCAAAUGGAAUGACACCACUACAAGCAACAGAAGAUACAGGUCAUCAAGAUGUCCAACAACGUCUCAUUCAGUUCAGAGGAGGGAUGCAAGAUGAACAGCAUAAAAAUACAGAUAAGACAGAUGGAAUGACACCACUUCAAGUAGCAGAAGAUACAGGUCAUCAAGAUGUCCAACAACGUCUCAUUCAGUUCAGAGGAGGGAUGCAAGAUGAACAGCAUAAAAAUACAGAUAAGACAGAUGGAAUGACACCACUUCAAGUAGCAGAAGAUACAGGUCAUCAAGAUGUCCAACAAUGUUUCAUUCGGUUGAGAGCAGACGUGCAAGAUAAACGGUAUAACGAUACAGAGAAGACAGAUGGGAUGACACCACUUCAUGUAGCAGAAGAUACAGGUCAUCAAGAUGUCCAACAACAUUUCAUUCGGUUCAGAGGAAGGGUGCAAGAUGAAAGGCAUAAAGAUACUAAGAAGACAGAUGGAAUGACACCACUUCAAGCAGCAGAAGAUCCAGGUCAUGCAGAUGUCCAACAAUGUCUAAAUCAGUUGGGAUCAGAAAUGCACAAUGAACGGCAUAAUGAUACAGAUAAGAGCUUUCGAUCUGAAGGAAACUCCCCAGAGGAAUUCACAUGUUCUUGGAUGCCCGAAGUCUCCGCUUCUAACAGGUUGCCUGGCAUUAAUAGCGAGUCCUCCUAUUCAAAGUCCUCAAAUGUCCUGAAGGCUUCUAUUUCUACGGAAAACCCCUUGCGAACUCUGAGAGAGAUACCUUACCCCGACAUUUUGAAGACAACUAUUCGCUCUACGCGUGUGUCUUGUGUCUCCAGACAAAAAACACAACAUGGAUGUGGGGUACCAGCUACGGACGAUUUUCCUGUCACCAGCAUGACCAAUGAAAACGAGGCAGGAGAUCUAAAACCGGGAAUAAAGGUAACCCUUCACAGGACUACCGGGAAUGGAACAGCCACAGAGAGCAAACGUCGAAACACUGAUAAUUGUUUUUCGACCCUGACUGUCCUCCAUCGGGCUAUUCUAGCUUUGGUCUUCUACUUUGCCUUUUUUCCAAUACUCGUAGCAGGCAACUUAAGGCUGACCGACCCGGUUACGUUGGAAGUAGGUACACGUGGCGUAGUUACAUUCCAUCUCCAGCGACCAUCCAAUACACUGCAGUUUUCUCUUUAUUACAAGAUUCAGUUCGAAUCGAAACGUCGUCCAUUCUGCAUCGAUGGACAAUAUGAUCCUGAUGGCUUUAAAGAUCCCUCUCAAGAAUCAAGAUUUACCACCACUAUUAUAAACAGAAAUACAUCUCCCAGUGUGAAAAUGAGAAUAGAUGACGUUGAUUACCGAGACGAAGGUCGGUACAUACUCGAGGCUGUGUGGCAUAGUGGGGAGAACAUUCUGUAUGAUACUCAGAAGAAGAAGGUUAUAGUACAGCGUUCCCCCGGUCCAGCAGAUUGCUUCAUCACUUCGAGUGAUAGUGAGCAUCCAAAAGAAGUACAUUGUCGGGCCAAGACUGGAAGUAUGCCAACAACAUUUACGUGCUACCAGAACGACCGGGAUCUCGAAGUACAUAGCAUUACACAUAAUGGGCACACCACCAGAGGUAUAUUCUUCCUACCCGAUACGACACAUUUCUCCUGCUGUUCACAUGGCAUAAAAUCCACUGUAGGUGCUGCAAAGUGCAGUCACUUUCAGUGGUCCCCUGGUCAUUCUGGUAUUCCCAGCACAGAUCCGAUACCUAAAACCAAAAGAAAGUCUAAUGUAGGGUCUGGAGCUUGUCGAUCAUCCAUGAUUCCAUCACAUUGGCACUUUAUAUACCUGUUCUUGUAUCUUUUUGCACUUUUCAUCAUGUGCUAGUCAUGAAUUGCUCAAUUGCUAUGUCACUGCAGACUUCAGUCAGGAAAGGUUUCAACUUAACUUUAUUUCAAUGAAACAGUCCCAUGCUUGCCUUCAUACAAUGAGCAAGUGGAUUAUAUCAUAUUCCCUUUCAUUCGUAUUUUAUUGUAUGAAAUUAUAUUCAUUCACCCAUUUUUUCCUCCAAGAAUUAAACAAUGAAAAUCACCCUGUAAAAAGCCAUGGAGUGACAGCAUUUCUUAUAAGGAAGGAAAAUACUGUCCUCGAUCGGCCCCUUUCCACCUUUUCGCCAACUGCGUAUUUUAGAGUGUACUGAUUUAAUUUGUAAGUUAGUCAUUGUUGAAACUUAUUUUGUUUAUAGACAUAUCAUACACACAGGUAUGGAAAUAUCAAGUACUUAGUAUUUCAUGUAAUAACAUGAGUAAAAUGGAAGUGGGGACAUGACAUUAUCAGCUUUCCUAUUGCAUUGCGGUGUGCGUAUACCUGUUUUCUUACAAAAUAUUGCUUCACAUUAAAAUUCAAUAUUUUCAUUAUUUGAUGACAUUUUCGGCGAUUAGCUCAGUGAUCAUGAAUUUAUCUCAAUUUAUUCAGUUAGCAAUAUUUUCAGUCUGGAGGAGGCAAACGUUUGUUAUGGUGAGUUGAGAAAUUUCAUAUUCGCAUCUCAAUCGCAUCACAUUCUCUGCAAUGUAGUAUCUCGUAGUAGAAAUAGUUAAAAAUUUGACUAUUAAACAAGAUGUAACUUUGUUUUGUUUGCUGAUAGUUCACAAUUGGUGUGAAAGACGGAUAAUAUAUUUUAGUAUUUAAUCCAAGACAUUAUCGCAUAUGAUGUAUAUUAUUAAUUUCAUACUUCAUUGAGUACCUUGUUUUGCUCAAAUGUAACGAAUAUUUUGGUGGAGGGAACCUAGAACAUAGAUGUAUAGUGUGAUGGUAGGAUUGUCACAUGAAAUAUAACAUAAUUAUAAACAUUUUGCUGAAACACUUAAUGUUUUAUUCACGUGAUGCUAUAUAUAUGUAAAUACAGUAUAUUAAUUCGUACAUGAAGUCUUCCUGUUUUGUUUGAAAAUAACGUGUCCUAAACACAUUGUAUAGAUACUAUGAAGAUAUACACCAACAGGUGGAUUACCGUAGGCGUCAUGAAAGCCUUUUCAACAAAGAACUAUAUUCUGCCGCGGUAUCUUUCCUUUUCAAGGAAAUAUUUGAUAUACUUGUUUUCUCACAUACUAGUAAUUCGCUUAGAGAGCGGUGUUGGCUCAGUCGGUAACGCCUCUGCCCGUCGAACCAAAGAUCGUGGGUUCGAGUCCACCCCGGGCGGAUGACUGAAGCCACUGCGUUGUGUGUAAACCUGUAAACGUCUCUCCCAUGUUUCAUAGAUGCAGGCUAUGUUACAAUGGAAUACACUCCGUCCCUCGGAUAGGACGUUAAAUUGAGGCCCCGUGUAGAGGAGAGUAACCACCUUUGCACGUUAAGAACCCACUUCACUAUUCGUAUAAGAGUAGGGGGAAACCCCGGUGUAGUGGUCCACCUGCAUUCACUCAAUCAGUUAUAUCGGGAGGAGAGACCUGCGGGUCAUAGUGAUUCAGUUUGCUUUUCGCCUCCCAGGCACAGGUGACGCCAAACAAAUAAUAAUAAUAAUAAUAAUAAUAAAUCACUUCGCGUCAAACUUUGAUAGGCCUAUAAGUGUGUAAUAUAUAUAUAUAUAUAUAUCAAAUGUGAAUGUAAUUUUGAUAAUUAAAAAUUUAUAUUCAGAUCGAUAUUUUUUAGGCGUAAUGAAAACCUUUUCAACAAAGAACUUUAUUCUGCCGCAGAAUUUUUCCUUUUCAAGGAAAUAUUUGAUAUACUUAUUUUCUCGCAUACUAGUAAUUCGCUUCACUUCGCGUCAAACUUUGAUAGGCCUGUAAGUGUGUAAUAUAUAUAUCAAAUGUGAAUAUAAUUUUGAUGAUUUAUUUGUACAAAUUUAUAUCCAGAUCGGUACUUUGUUUGAAAACACUACACACCAGAGGGGUUUUGGAAAAGAGGGAAUUUGCAAGACCUUUAAAAAUAACAUUUUAUCCUCAUGUACAUGCAUGGUAUGUAAAUUUUGUUGAAGCUGUGCCUAAAAAAAUAUGUGAAUGUAAUAGUCAUUUCAGUGUUUUUAAUGUGUAUGUGUAUAUAUAUAAUAAUAACCAUUCAAAUAUCCAUGGUAAUAUUUUGCCGAUAUAUGAAAAUGUGAAUUUUCGAUUUUCGAUUGUCUCGAUAUUUAAGUAAAUGAUUGUCUGAUUGUACUUACUGUUUGAUGUAGGAGAUUAACUUCUUGUAGAGUAGUAAAACGCCUAUAUCUAUCCAAUUUGGUUACGAUACAGGGUUCUCGAUAUAUUCGAAAAAGAAAAGCUCUAAUUGUGCUUAUUAGCGUAAAUUAAUUGUUCUUUAGUAUUACUUGCAUUUUUAUAUUCGUAUACCAUGUAAACGCCAAAACAUGAUUUUCCGGAAUUAUUAUUUUUUUCAUUCUUGUAUUAAGAAUUAUACGGGAAACUAAAUGUAAAAUAUUUUUUAGAUGUGGCGUGCACGAAUUUCAUGUAGAAUAAUAUUGUUUGAGAAUUGCUUAUUUUCGUGUUUUCUUUACUAAAUUGGAAAAUAUAUAUUUGUCAAUUGCCAGGUUAAGGUUUGCUUAAAAACUUUACUCAAAUUUAUGUUUAAAUAAUCAUAAAAUUGAUCACGUUGUAAUCAGAAUUUAUCACCUCAAUUUAUUUGUGUGUUUAUCGUCAUACUCAGAUGUCUACAUGAUGCGAAGUUGAUUCUUUGUUUUGAAGAAAGUUGAUAUUCGAUAUUGUUUGAGAGGAAAUCAAAGUGUGAGCAUUUGCAAGACCUGCCAAAAUUUAAUUUUACCAACAAUUAGAUGUAAAUAGAUUUUAGAUGUGGCGUGUACGAAUUUCAUGCGGAAUAAUAUAGUUUGAGAAUUGCUUAUUUUCGCCGUGUUUUAUUUACUUAAUUGGAAAAUAUACUGUAUAUCUGUCAAUUGCCACUCAAAUGCUUCUUUUAAAUAUUUAAAAACUUACCUAAAAAUUAUCUUCAAAUGAUCAUAAAAAAAUUAUCGCAUUGUAAUCGAUAUUUCUCACAUCCAUUUACUCAUAUUUUAUUCGCCAUACUCAGAUAUGUACAUAGUGGGAAGCUAUGAUUCCUUGUUUUGAAGAAAGCUGAUAGAUGAAAUGAACGUGACUGUGAAAAAUGUAAGAGACCAACUUGUUUAGAUUCAAGAUUCAAGAAUCUUAUUUAAUUUCCAUCAUAUACAUUAAAUAGAUGUGAAAUGCACGAAUUGCACGGAGAAUAAAAACAAUUGAAGAAUAGCUUUCUUUCUUGUUUUCUUUCCUGAAUGGAGAAAUAUAUUUUUGUCAAUUACACUGUAAAAAAAAUAUGAUUCAGUAGUUAAUACUUAAUGAAUAUAAGUAGAAUUUAUAAUUUGUAAUUAUUUUUCAUUUUUUAAAGUAGUUUUAACUUGUCUUUUAAUUUACUUGAUUUAUUUGGGUUCAAUAUACAUUUAAGAAAAUUCACUUAUUGCUGGCUUGCUUUGAUUGAGUAAAUCUAACUCUAUUAGGCUAAGAUGAUUAUUACUUAUAAAUCCUUGUUGAAUGUACUUAUAUUUUUCAAUUAACGCCUUGUUUAAAUAAUACUGUAAAUAACAUGAAUAUUCAUUAGACAUGUUACAGCAAGGAAAUGUUUGGAGUUUUUUAAUAACUGUCAUAUCUAUUUGUGUUUGAUUUUUUGUUCGGAUAAGGGUGUGCUAACUAUUUUAUUAUUUUCUUGAAUCAAAGAAAGAGCAUCAUUAAAUAGUCAUUUAGCAGAGAAUUUCAGAUGUCUUUUUAGGUUUUCGGAAAAUGAUUAUAUUGUUCUCACUGUUUUAUCUGUAAGAAUGAAACGAUCGCGUAUAAAUAUCAAUGUAAGUACAUAUAUAUGUAACAGGUAAGUGAAAAUGCACAAAGUCUAAUAUUUGGAUAAAAAAUGUCUAAGAUGAAAAUGAUGCCACUAAAGUAAAAGUGGGACGAUGGGGGAGCGGACUUUCGAAUAACGAAAGUCCACUCCCCCAUUUGAUUUUUCAAACAUUUUAGUGAUUGUUUUACUAAAUUGAAUUAAGUUAUUGUAACUUAAUUUUCUUGAGUGAAAUGUAGUAGACUUGUUAAGAGGUUGAACACUGCAUUUUUUAGUACAAAUGUCCCACUUGGCAUAAAUGUU